AUGACCAAUUCAGGCCCGCUUGCGGUUGAGAUAACGUUUGAGGGCGUAGUCGGGGGAUUCUUCCUACAUCUCCGCCAGCAACCGUUGCAGAACGCAAAGCUCGCCAACUCAUCGGGACAGUUUCGGAUAUCCCGGAAUAAUUAUGUAUAUACUCGCUGGAGCGGCGAGACGACGACAAGGACGACACAUGCUGCCCCGCGCAGACCAAGCAGGGACUCCGUUCGGUAUUACUAUACCGGUACUAUAGUGACGGCGCAGUCUCGGUCGGAGCGUCGGUCGGUCAAUCGGAUGGUUGCGAUGGAGCCGCAAAUCUAUCAUCUCGUAGGGGAGUGGUCCAGUGGGGACUCGUUCGGCGACCGAGUACCGGUACCGAAGUUCGAACUGCCGGUGGCUGGAGCCUGGCAGUGGCCGUUGCCCAAAAAUAGGCCCCCUUCUGUCUUUUUGGUGGAUUGUCUCCAGCUCGGGGAGGUGGAGGAUUUCGCUUCGCUCCAAUCUUUCAACAAGCCUUUCUCUCCGGUCGCCGCCCCCAUUCAUCGGCUAGAAAUUCAAACUGGACUGAACUGUGCGAUCGAGAAGGUACCUCUGUACUUAAUGCAACUCGCGGUCGAAAUUCAGGCCUUCCACCGUUCCACGGGUGGAUAUGCUGACGCCGUCCAGACCACGCCCUGCGCCACCCUCCAGGCAGAUAGUUGCCUACUCUGGCCUCUGAAGUGA